UUCGCACACCGACCAAGAAUCUCAAUUAACUACUCCCGUAAUUAAUGUCCCGCCCCGUGUUUCCCCGCUACGAUGGACACGACCGAGCCGCGGCGCGGGGCUUCAGAGGAACACUUGGACAACACUGAGUCCAACCAUAGCCCCACGACUCUGGAAAUCCCACAAGAACUCCCAGAUGACCUCCCCAAAUCACUCGAUGAUCGCCGCUCGGUGCCAGUCUAUCAGCAGGAGACGGAGAUGUACGAUGCGUGGCAGGGACAAUCCCAAUUCCUGACUACACCCGUCGCCGCGAAACCGCUCACCUUCAGCCUAGCCCUGGACGACCACUCACACGACCCGGAAACAGAUCUACGUGCUCAAUACGGACGGGAUCUCGAAGAUAGCGAUGCGCGUCUUAUGGAGAUGCUUGCCGCGCAAGCCGCGCACCGCGAAGUUGAUUCACUAGCCGCGGACGAGGAAAGCAUAGCGGAAGACGAGAAGUUGACGACAGCGGAGAAGAAGGAUAUCCUCCAGAAGAGCUUGAAUAUGGCAGCGAGUAAUGGCGAUGUCGAGCGGGUGCGAAAGCUGUUGUCUGGCGCCGCGAAGAACUUUGUGGAUGUUAAUAUGAAGGACGAGGAGGGGACGGUACCGCUCAUUUACGCGAGUUGCUUCGGACACCAGGAUGUUGUCUCGGCGCUUCUUGACGCUGGUGCGUUCGUUGAUCAGCAAGAUCGGAAUCAGUGGAGCGCGUUGAUGUGGGCUAUGACGAAUCGGCAUAAGACUAUUGCUAAGAUUUUGCUGGAUCAUAAUGCUUCGCCGGAUAUUAAGUCCUCUUCUGGUGGGACGGCGUUUGAUUUUGCGCAGCCUGGCAGUGAGAUUUCGGAGUAUCUGCACGAGAAUGGGUAUAGCUUUGGCCCGGGUGCGAUUGAGGAUGAUUUCUAUGACGCUGGAAUGGCGCAUGGGAGGUUUGAGGAGGAGAUUGCAGAGAAUGAGAUGAAAAGGCGAAUGAUGAUGGAAGAAAGUGCCAUUAAUUUGGAGGUGGAUUUGUCUAGUCUUGGGCUAGAUGAGAAGUACGAGCAAUCGGAUGAAUACGACCUCGAAGAAGAACAACAGGAAUUCGUCUGGGACCGAUGUCUUAAUGACCAGAUGUUUGUGUUCCAAGACCAUGAGCUCGAGCGCAUUUUGGAUAUCAUCAUUACCAACAUGACGCCUCAACGGUCUCCGUCACAGAAGCCUGUACCGGCAAAUCUCCUAUUUCUCAGUGCGCGUUAUGCACACUAUCAUGCUAGCCCAGAACUGCUAGCAGAGCUCCUCACCUCGGCAGCGGAGAAGAUUAAUGAUGUUGUCGAGCGCCACCAGUGGGACAUGACUAUGCAAGCAUUCUGGCUGUCAAAUGCCACGCUAUUGUUGCACUAUCUGAAGAAAGAUCCCGGCCUGCUUGAGUCUACUGUGGAGUUCCAGCUCCACCUAGCAGAAUUGAUCAACGAAAUCUUCGUCCUAAUCAUUCGUGACGCAGAGCGGCGAAUGAACAAAGUCCUGGAUGAGGCCAUGCUGGACCAUGAAACUAUCCCAGGACUGGAGGACGUUGCCUUCCAAAACGAGUGGAAACUUUUCCGCAAGAAGAAGUCCGAGACUCCCGAGCCUGCAGAAAAGCGAUUCCGUCCACCAUCCCCACGGCGGCGAGCACAGAUCUCUCCGCGGAAUGUCACAUCCUUACUCUCGUCAACACUUUUUGUGCUAGAUCUCUACGAUGUCCACUCCGUGAUCACCACCCAGAUCCUCUCUCAACUCCUCUAUUGGCUCAGUGCCGAGAUCUUCAACAGAAUCAUGAGCACAAGGCGCUACCUUGCCCGGACAAAAGCAAUGCAGAUCCGCAUGAAUGUUUCCACACUAGAAGACUGGGCUCGUACCAACAACCGACAACCAGAACACUACGAAAACGGAUCUAUGACCAGCACCGGAGAAACAACAGUCGAUGCAGCCCGUCGACACCUCGCUCCAGUCAUCCAACUACUUCAAUGGCUCCAAUGCUUCUCCUCCCUCGGAGACGACCACGAAUCUCUAGUAACAACCUUACUCCAACUGCAACAACUCUUCCCAAUUCAACUCCUCCAUGCGGUCAAAUCAUACAGACCCGAAGUAGGCGAAAAAGGCCUAACCAAACAAGCCAUGAAAUUCCUUCUGGAAAUGCAACGCGAUCCCGAAAUCCUUUUCCGGGAACAACAAGAAAUGCAAGCCGAGAAGGAAAAAGCUGCUGCACCACCCAAAGAUGACCGUCCGGAAACCCCCACUAAGGACGGAAAGGACGGGAAAGAAGGAAAAGCAUCAGAUACACCUGCUACAUCAGAUCUGGGCCCUUCAUCCCCGGACUCUUCAUAUCCAGCCAGUAUGGUAGCUGCAGCUCGAAGCGAUGACCGACCCCACCCUAACAGCGUUUUCCUGGACCCCACACUUUUCCUUCCAUUUUCUUUACCUACCAGUACAGAUAUGCUGAUUAGUUAUGGUGCCGGGCUGGGUGGGACGAAUCGUGAACGAGCGAGGAAGUAUAUUCCUACUGUGCCACCGGAGGUACUGAGUCGAUUUGAUCGUGGUGAUGCAUAA